AUGGGCAAACGCAAGCAAGAUCUCGGCGAUGUGCCAAUGGGCGGCACGGGUGCCAAUGACGACGACUCGGACGAUGACGUUGACAUGGUCAAUGUUGAAUUCGAGUGGUUUGACCCGCAGCCUGCCGUCGACUUCCAUGGACUCAAGAACCUUUUGCGCCAAUUGCUCGACAAUGAUGCCCAGAUGUUCGAUCUGUCCGCCUUGGCAGACUUGAUUCUAUCGCAACCCACGCUGGGUUCGACGGUGAAGGUGGAUGGGAAUGAAUCGGAUCCGUAUGCUUUCUUGUCGGUGGUGAACUUGCAGGAGCACAAGGACAAGCCCGUCGUCCAGUCUCUGAUCAACUACUUCCGCGAGAAAGCGGCCGCCAAUCCUGCCCUCUCUCCGCUCAAGGACCUCCUCUCACAGAACCCCGUGCCUCCAAUCGGCCUCAUCCUGACCGAGCGCAUGAUCAACAUGCCGACGGAGGUGAUCCCGCCCAUGUACAACAUGCUGGUCGAAGAGAUUGCCUGGGCGAUCGAGGACAAGGAACCGUUCAACUUUUCCCACUACCUGAUCUUGUCAAAGAACUACGUGGAGAUCGAGUCGAAGCUGGAUAUGGAAGAGUCACGGCCACAAAAGAAGAAGAAGAAGGGCGGCGAAGCGGCGCCGCGCUUCUUCUUCCACCCUGAAGAUGAGAUUCUGGAGCGACAUGCAAUCUGCUCCGGGCCAGUCGAGUAUACACACAAGCAGGACGAGGGCCACUCGGACUCCAAGCGUGCGUUCCAGGAGCUUGGUGUCCAGACAAAUGGCAGCUUGAUCUUGAUUGACGGGACCAAGUUCGAGUCUACGGUCAAGGCGCUCAUCGAAUACGUGAAGCCGCCGGGCAUGUGA